AUGAUGCGCGUGACGCCACGAGCACAAGCAGCACGGCAGACAGGACGGAGCUGAGGCAGCAGCAGCAGCAUCCGCCACAAAGGGAGCCCGGUGCCGUAGGUUGAAGUCCGUCUCUCCGCUCCUCUCUCUCCCGAGGUCGCCAUGCUCCGGUUCGGCUGCGGGAUGUGCGGCUUCUCGGCCCUGCUCUCGGUUCUCCUCGCCGGCUUCGCGGCGGCGUCUUCGGAUCAGUUCGACAACCAACUGGGCGACAUCAAUUACUGCAAGAAGCAAUGCCAGCUCACCAUCAAAAACAAAAGCCCCGCUAAAGACUCCAUAAUGAACGCCUGUCACCGCGGCUGUCGCCUCUACUCCAUCUGCCAGUUUGUCAAUGGGAACGCAGGCUUCAACACCAGCAAGGAGGAGUGUCAGGGAGCCUGCCAGGAGGCAUAUAUUAAGCUGCUGGAGCAGGAGGCCUGCAGCACCGGCUGUGCCAGCCAGCCCUCUGAACCCGAGAUCAAGAGGAGGAAGCUGAGGGCCAUGACGCUCCGCCCCAAGCCCCCGUCCGUGAUGGAGGCUGUGACCAGCUGGUGCAACGACAUCGUCAGCUCGGCUCAGAGCUUCAUCUCCUCCACCUGGACCUUCUACCUGCAGGCUGACGAUGGCAAGGUCGUGGUUUUCCAGAGCCAGCCAGAGAUGGAGUACUCUCUGCCCGAGCUGCAGGCUCCUCGCUCCAGCGUGGCCGACAAGCCCUGGCCUCAGGUCCACUCCCACACGCAGAGGCCUCACGGUGUGAGGGGCCACGGAGAGAGGGGCGCCGCCAAGGCCGGAGGCCGGGGGAAGCACGGCGCGCAGCACGCCGAGGAGCCGUCGGCCGAACACGACUUCCUGGGCUGCAUGUCCAGGCGUUCGGGCCUCCCGCGCUGGAUUUUAGCAGCUUGCCUCUUCCUGUCCAUCAUGGUCAUGCUUUGGCUCAGCUGUGCAAGCCUCGUCACGGCGCCGGAGCAGCAUAUUAAACCACAGCUGAGCAUCAACGGGGACAAGGAGUUCCUGGACCACGCCCACAAAGCCGACCCGUACCACCUGAGCCCCGUGAUCGCCGUCCCCGUGAAGCAGUCGGAGGAGCGGGAGGAGGCCGGGCCGCUGCCCGUCAAAGUUGACCUCAACAAGACCUGCGUUUAGUCGGAGCGGCGGCGGAGCUGUCGUCGCGUGUGUGUGUGUGGCCCCGACAGCAGAGUUUUUAAAAAAGCUAUUUUUAGGAGCAUGGCACCCCCCCACCGUCCAACCCACCUUACUGACGCGUCUAGCCUGUGUUGAUCCGACAGGACAGCGGUGCCUGUCGUGUGUUUCAUUUCCUUGUACAGCCCAUUCUCACGUUCCCGCGCUUAUUGGUAAGAGCGCGCGCUCGUCUCGGAGCCACGCCGGGGCCGAGCACAGACCAGAGCCUUCGUACCAAGUCUUGCGUCUCGCGCGGGACAAAGCGGAGACAACCGCGGAGAUUCCACUUGGAUUUCACUCUCUCCCCCUCGCGGAGAGCGAGCGAGCGAACGAGCGCAUUAAUUAGCGGCUCGUUGAGUUCGAAGGAAAGUGAGCAGGAGGAUGAAUGAAAGUCGGCGGAAAUAUUUUGAUAGCGCCGCGGCGAGCGCGGCAAGAACAGUACCAUAGCUCCCGAUUUCCCGUCUGUUUGCAUAAUUAGCAUCGCGAGCUGCUAAGCGGCGCGCGCGUGGCCGGCCUCUCCGCCCCCGCGCCGUCCCGUCGUUCUCAGGUGAGCUGCACUGUCUCACCCACAAAAGCGGGUUCGCGCCCAAACCGCUUGUCACCUGCUGGUUUGUGUUCAGAUGCGCCUCAGGCAGCACACUUUUAAUUUAUUUCCCUCCGUUUAUUUAUAAUCAUCCGCGGGUUUUCUUGUUUAUAUUAUGGAAGUGCCAUGUACAGUUACUUCGUUACGCACAUGUAAUUGCUCUGUAUGUAAGGAAUCCUGGGGAGAGACGGAAUCCUGCGCCUGUUACUGUAUUAUUAUAAUGCUCCUCACUUAAAGGGUUCUUCGCUGUUCUAUGUACCACGUGCUUUCUAUUAGCUGACUAUUUUGUAUGUCCUAGGAGCACAUACUGAAGGAUAACCUCUGCAACUGCUGUACGUGUGACGCAAAGCUUUUAACGUAGACUUUGAUACCGGAGAGAGUUGCACAGUUUUAGAGUUUUUCUGUUCCCCUCUUCUUCUGUGUUUUCGACGUCCUGUGAUUGCUCUCUUUUAUUCCGAGCUGUGUAGACAAUAAUAAGCGCGUGCAUGCAAGUGACGCUUCGGUAGUUUAUCUUAGCCGCCUGCCAGGCCAGUUUGGCACAACUCUACUGUAGAAGUGUGAUUUAUUUGUGUUCAUAUUUAAUGUAACCACGGAGUAUUAACUGUAACGACGAGUGACUAAAGCGACGGACGCUUUUUUAAAAAGCCAUUCAAUCAACGCCUGCUGGUUCAACUGAAGGUAUAUAUCACAAUAUUAUCAUUUGAAUUUCAAACUGUAUUGUUUACUUUUUACUGGUCUGUUUAUUUUAAAUGAAACGAAACGACAUGAUGAAUAAAGUGUUUUCAUUGUAAAUAAGAAAAA